CUAGCAUUUAAUAUCGUUCAUGAAUCCAUAAAAGCAUAUGUACUUCCCCCCUCUUCAACCCCGAAGUCGCCCAUGGCCAUCUCCUACAAAGUCUUGGUCGUUGCUUGGUACGAUCAAUCAAUCGUACAGAAAGAGCACGUAACAGCUUUAGCUUGCAUUUCAUAGAGUCCUCCCUCCCAUCUUUUGCUUGCAUCAUCAUCACCAUCGAUCGAUCAUGGAGUUCUUCAACAAGGCCGAGGCGGUGCGGCUCCGGAGCUUCCACGGCAAGUACCUCGUCGCCGACGAGGCCGGGGGGACGGUCCGCCAGAGCAAGAACGGGUCCUCCCGCGGGGCCCGCUGGGCCGUCGAGUGCGUCGCCGGGAACAGCCACGUCGUCCGCCUCCGGAGCUGCUACGGCAAGUACCUCGCCGCCACGGAGGAGCCUUACCUCUUCAGCGUUUCAGGCAAGAAAGUGGCGCAAUCAACUCCGCAAUCCAAGAACGAUAAGUCCGUAGAAUGGGAGCCGCGGAAGGACGGGACGUGCGUGAAGCUGAGGGCGAAGGGCGGGAUGUUCCUGCGCGGCAACGGGAGCAUGCCGCCGUGGCGGAACUCGGUCACGCACGACAUCCCCCACCGGACGGCCACGCAGGACUGGGUGCUGUGGGAAGUCGACGUGGUCGACCUCGCGGCGGACCCUCACGGGGCCGACUCGGCCCGUGGCCACCUGUCGUCCCAAUCGAGCUUCGUGUCGUCGUCCGAGGAGGAUUACUCGGUGGAAGAGUACGUGAGGAGUGCAGCCGCGGCGGUGGCGGGGGGCAUGGACAUGGUGGUUUCGAGGAAGCCAUCGCGCAGCUUCAAGGGCGGCAUGGAGUUCUUCACCAAGGCGAAAUCCGUCCGCCUCCUUGGCCACCACGACAAGUACUUGCUGGCGGGCGAGGACGGGGAGUCCGUGUGCCAGGACCGCAACGGGUCGGUCAGGCAGGCCAAGUGGACUGUGGAGCUCGUGGAAGGCGCCGGCGUUGUGCGCCUGAAGAGCUGCUACGGCAAGUAUCUGACGGCGUCCAACGUGCCGUUCCUCCUGGGGAUGACAGGCAAGAAGGUCCUGCAGACCCUCCCGACCGGGAGAUUGGAUUCGUCCCUGGAAUGGGAGCCCAUCAGGGACGGGGUCCAGGUCCGGCUCAAGACGCGAUACUGCAAUUUCCUGCGCGCGAACGGGGGGUUGCCGCCCUGGAGGAACUCGAUCACGCACGAUAUACCGCACCGGACCUCGACCCAGGAUUGGAUUCUGUGGGAUGUCGAUGUUGUGGAGACCAGGGAACAGCCAAUUAAUCCGUUGCCAGAGGCAGAAUUGGAUUGUGAUUCAGAACCAUCGCUCCCGGAACUGGACUCUCCUUCCUCGAUAGAGCUCCGCUCGCCGAAAUCAUCAGAGUUUGAGCAUAACGAUUCGCUUUCAGUGAAAGCUGAAGGGAGGAUAAUCUUCUACAAAGUGGCUGAUGAAGACGGAAACACUAAGGACGAGAAUGAAGAGCUUUCGUUCACGUUCAAGGGAAGUAGAUUGGAGGAGCUGGUGCAGAAAUUAGAGGAAGAGACAGGGCAUGAGGAUAUCAUGAUCUGCUCUCAAUGGAACAAGAAGCUCCAUCCCCUCCGGCUACAGCUUCCUCCCAAUAAUGCACCUAUGCACAUCGUGGUGGUUCCAUCAUCAUCAAAAGUGGCGAGUGAUAUUUCAGUUCCGGGGAGUCUCGCUUCAAGGUAACCAUGGUGAUUGGCCACUGCAGAAAGUUCACGUACUUUCGGCUUCUCUGGCAUGUACCAGAUUCAGAGAAAAGGGCUUCACGUUUGGGUUGUUGAUAUGUUAUUGACAAAGGUUAGAUUACAGAAAGAUAGUUUUGCUGUCCAAGGUUCUCAGUGAUUUGCUCUCAGCAAAUCUUUCUCUUGUAAAGUAUCUAGGACUUCGACAAUUCAGCGAUUGGUUUUCAUGCAAGAGGUCCCAAAAUAAUGUCCUGUUGAAAUGAUUUCUAAA